ACAGUUGUUGGUCAUAAAUUCAAAUGUCCAUAACCAUUUGCGCAAUUUGUUGGUCACUGUUGCGGGUUGACAGCUCGUUGACAGGCUACCACCGUCUACAUGGAUCUGUUGUGUACGAGCGGAGCGAACAAGAACAACAAACUUACAGCUCCACCAUGAACCAAGCCGAACCAGCCGCGGUAUCGUCCGAAAACGAAAUGGAUGAAAAGUGUCGCCUGUGCUUAGAAUGUUGCAAUUCCACCAACGCGACACCGAUCACGGACGGCGAGUUUGGUUCGAAGCUACAGAAGGUGUUCAAAUUCCCGAUACUGCCGGAAGAUACGCUACCGGAACGGGUGUGUCACGAGUGCGUUACGAUCGUGUCGGAUUUUCACACGUACAGCCAGCGGAUUCAGUCCAAUCAGGAGCAGCUGCAGACACAGCUGAAGGAGCAAAAGUUUCAACCCUUCGAGGUGGUUAAAAUUGAAACGCUAGAAGACGACGAUUUCUACGAUGCCGAGAUGGAGGAAGCGCGCGAACGGCUCGAGGAAGACGCAACGGAACAAACGGUACAUGUGAGCGCUACCCGCAAACCAGCCAAACGGGCCCCCAAACCCUCGGACACCGAAGCCGCCGACGUGAAUGACGCGUUGCGCGAGGAAGCGGAAGGGGAGGAGGAUGAGGAGAUCGAUGAUGAUGAGGACGAUGAAGAUUUCGUGCCGAAGGUGGACCCCAAGGACGGUACGCUAAAAGUUCCCGUGCGGCGUCGCCGGCGGCUGGCGCAGGUAAAAGCGCCGCCGAAAAAGCGCACCACCCUGAAGACGGAAAAGCAGGUGGAAAAGCUCGAGCCGGAAGAGCUGGCAAAGCAGCACGAGGAGGACAGGCGGAUACAGGAGUUUUACAAGUUUGAGUGUGAGCACUGCUCGCUGCCGAUGGACAGCUUCGCCGAUCUGCAGGUGCACUAUCGGCGAGAGCACAGCACCAAGGGGUACGUGCGCUGCUGCGAGAAGGUGUUCUAUCGGCGGUUCCAGCUGCUGGACCAUAUUGCGGCCCACCAGGGCACGAUCAAGUGUGAGGUGUGCCAGAAGAGUUACAAGAGCAGCCGCUAUCUGGCGCUGCACAUGAUGAAAAGCCACAGCCGCGAGGAGGACCGGCCGUUCAAGUGCGACAAGUGCCGGCAGUCGUUCCACAAGGAGCACCUGCUGAAGGCGCACCAGGCCAACCAUCUGUCGGAGAAGUGCCCUAUCUGCGAGAAGGUGGUCUCGUCCAAGUACGCGCUCAAGACGCACGUCGCGCACAUGCACGGUAGCGAUAGCAACCAGAUCUGCGACGUGUGCGGGAAGGAGUUCCGCACCAAGCAGGCGAUGGAGCGGCACAUCAACGAGCACAUGGGGGUGGACGUGGUGCAGAAGGUGCAGUGCAACGUGUGCCAGCGGUGGUUCCACGGGAAAUACAACCUGCGCAAGCACGUGCGUUUCAUGCAUCUGGAGGGCGGGCAGGUGUUUCGGUGCGACUUGUGCCCGCACGAAAGCCCCAACAGCCGUGCCCUGCUGGACCACAAGAAGCGGGUGCACGUGGUGGAGCGGUUCGCGUGCGAGCUGUGCGGCAAGCGAUUCAAGCGGAAGCUGUACCUGAAGGAACACAUCGCGUCGCACACCGGCCAGCCACUGUACGAGUGCGGCAUUUGCGAUGCCAAGUUUAACUCGAACGCGAACUGCUACAACCACCGGAAGAGCAAACAUCCGGAGGAGUGGCAGGCGCGCCGGCAGGCCUUUUUCGAGGCCCAGCGUAAAGCGCCGGACAGUGAGCUGAAGAAGGAGGAAAUCUCGACGGAAGAGCCCUUACCGGAACAGGUAUGCCAGCAGUGCCAAACGACAGUGGCCGAGUUUCACGUGUACAGCCAGCAGGUGGAGGCGAACCAGCGCCAGCUAAGGUUAGAGCUGGCGACGGACACGGAUGUUGAGCCGGAACCGGUCAAGGUAGAGCCGGACCUUCAGAUUGAAAUCAUGCCAGCGGAAGGGAUGGAGGAGUUGCCGCCGGGCAUUGAGUGUGUGGAUGUGAAGGAAGAGUACGAUGGAAGCAUUACGGCCCAGUCUGAAUCGAACUUGGAUGCGAGCACGGACGAUGAGUACGUCGUGGCGACCCGGCGCAAGGUCCGUCGUAAAGCGCGCGAACGAAAGGAGCGAAAGGAGGAGAGCGCGGAGCGGGGCAAAGACAAAUCGGAAGGGAAUGGGGCGGCCCGGCAGCAGGAGAAAGACGACCGGAUCAAGGAGUUCUACACGCUGGAGUGCGAAAUCUGCUCCAUCCUGUUGGAUGACUUUGUGCAGCUGCAGGAGCACUACCAGCUGGUGCACGACACCCGCGGCUAUAUACGGUGCUGCAACAAGCAGCUCUUCCAUCGCUACACGCUUCUCGACCAUAUCGCGGUGCAUCGGGGAACGAUCCGGUGCGAGGUGUGCGACAGAACGUACAAAACGAAGCGCUACCUGGCGCUGCACAUGGCCAAAAGCCACGGCACGGAGGAGGAGCGCCCGUUCAAGUGCGACCAGUGCGGGCUGGCCUAUCCGAAGCAGUAUCUGCUCCGGUCGCACCAGCUGAUGCACGUGCAGGCGGAGUGCCACGUCUGCAAGAAGGUGCUGUCGAGCAAUUACGCCCUCAAGGUGCACCUCACGCAGAUGCACAGCGACGAUGGGAACCAGAUCUGUGCGACGUGCGGCAAAAUUUUCCGCACCAAGGCGGCGAUGGAGCGGCACAUCAAGGAGCAUAUGGGGCUGGAGCCGAUCGAGCGGAUGCAGUGCGAGUACUGCCAGAAGUGGUUCAACGGGAAGUACAAUCUGAACAAGCACAUUCGCUUCCUGCACAACGAGCGGGGGCAGGUGUUUCGGUGCGAUCUGUGUGCGCACGAGAGCCCGAACAGCCGGGCCCUGUCGUACCACAAGCAGCGGGUGCACGUGCAGGAAAAGCACGAGUGUGAGCUCUGCGGCAAGCGGUUCAAGCGGAAGCUGUAUCUGCGCGAGCACAUUGCGUCGCACACGAACGUGCCACUGUACACGUGCGAGUACUGCGGGAUGAAGUUUAACUCGCACGCGAACCAUUUUACGCAUCGGAAAAACAAGCACCCGGAGGAAUGGGAAGCGCACAAGCGGAUGCGGAUGCUGAAGAAGAUGAGCAAGCAUUGA